AUGGCGUUCCUUUUCGGCUGCCUGGAGGACAGGAAGGCGAGGAAGCGCAUGUCUCCUACCGAGCCUUCUCCUCCUCUUCCUGCUUCUACUUCUGAUGAUGCGUUCAAUAACAAGGAACUGUCGCCAUGCGAGAAUGAUUCGCUGAUCACCGAUUCUACCAAGUACUGGAAGUUUGAAUACGAUGAUACUCAUGUAGUGUUUGUACAUACUGUCCUGAACAUUGCCGUGGAGCUUGUUCGAAAAGGAAGCGGAUGGUUUCAUUGCAGAGACGGCAAUCAAAGAGUGUAUACGAUAUACCCCGAGGGAAAGAUAGAUCAUCCCAGAGUUCAAGUCUUUGAUGCAGAGUACAUGAUUGCAUGCAUCCAUCGCGACCAGGAAGUCAAAGACAUAGUCUCCGACAAACAAGGAAUUCACCUCUGCAACUGGCACAUCCGGAGGAGCGAGUUCGGGCACAUCAUGAUCACACACGCGCGGGAGAGGAUGGAAGUGCUGGUUCUGAUGUGCACAGGGCUUUGUUUUGUCAGGUUUGUUGCAUCAGCGAGGGAGGCGGAGCGAUCAUAG